ACUGCUGACAUGCUGUCUUGACCAUUCGGUCUUUACGAGGGGCAGUGCAUGUUAUGGAGUAGUCAAACAGUUUAUCGCCACCGACCGUCGGACACACUGACUAGUCUCAACAGGACCCAAAUGGGAAGCAGAUAAAGCCUCUUGUGGGUUGAGUGCAAUUGCCAUUUACGUCACAUGCAUAUGACAACAUGGAGUAACGUUAAUGACGGAACAAGGGAGAGAAUACUGGGGUUAACCAUUCUAUUGAUUCUACUUAUGAAUUCCAAACUGACCCGUAAACAUUCCUGUGGACCUGAAUACGUCACAUAGGUGCUGUGAGAUGUGUUGUUUUACAGGGUCAGACGUAGUAGCACAGCACCCCUGGAGUAAAUUAGGGUUACGUGCCUUGCCCAAGGACAGAUUGUUGUACCUCGUCGGCUCGGGUAUUUGAACCAGCGACUUUUCGGUUACUGGCCCAACGCUCUAACCGCUAGGCUACCUGCUGCCAUGUUAUGAUCAAUGGACAAUUAAAAAUAAUGACGUGGAUGCCUGUGCCAAUUUUCUCAUAGGGGGCGGAGACAUGGAGGACACCCUUCUCUUGGAGAGACCUCAGUGUGAGGUCAUAUUGACUGUAUAUAUGCAGGUCCCUCUGUCGGCGCGCCACACAGCGUUGCACUACUGUGGGAUUAUCGAAAACACAAUGAAAAGGAUGAGGACUGCGGUGGCUUUGUUGUGCCUGGUGGCUCUGUGUGCAGCGCAGAAGAGGAGGAGAACUGAACAGAACUCCGAAUGGGACUACAGGACUGAGGCAGGGAAGGUGAACACUAGAGGCUGUGCCAACCUCACCCUGGUGUUGGACAACUGGAAGUUUGCUAUCAUGAACAAAGUCAAAGACCUUCUCCUCAACGACCACAGCACUGUGCUGCCUGAUUACGGGAGGAUCCCUCCUCUAUCAGAUGCUCUCGGAGAUCUCUACAAGGAGUUUAAUGCUCUGAAGGAGCGUCUUGGGGAGCUGACCACCAAGUUUGAGGGAGUCGAGGGCUUCGUGGAUGACGUGAGGGCAGGAAGAAGCCCCUACCCUCCCAGAGCAGAGCCCCGCCCACUGACACCAGAGGAGGAGAACCAGAACACCACGCUGACUGGAACCGGAGAGGGAACCGGUACCGGCACCAGUACUAGACGCAGGCACCGUGUGGUGGUCCGGAGGGUCAAGAUACCUGCUAAUGGUGCCCUGGUCUAAGCGGUUGGACUCUGUCCACAACCAUCCAUACUCUCUCCACCUAAAACUCAGUGGUGAAAAUGACAAUAUAAUUCCCUCUAAGCACUCAAAACUGAAAAUACAUUGCAUAUCACUCAAUUAAUUGUAAAAGCAACAUACAGUAGGCUAUACAGUAAAAAUGUAUUGCUUUCCCCUUUCCCUCAAUGGACUCCAAAUCACAUUUUAUUUCAAAACACAUACUGUGGGAGACAAGUUGUAAAUAUUGUUUUGCUGUUCCAUGUUUUUACCUGUGGAGGAAUCUGAUAACCUUUUUGUCGAUAGGUGGCACCACAGUGUGUCCAAUGACUAUGCCACACGUUUUGUGGCUCGCUUCAUUAAGGUUCCCUGUGAGGAGUUGAUAUUUUACAAUAUAAUUAUUUGUCAUGUGUUGUUUUUAUCUAAUUACUGUCUUAUCAUACUAUUGUAUUGGCAUGUCAUCACCGUUUUUACAUCUGCAUAUGAAUUAUAUCUACCCCCCCCACAAUACUUUUAUUUAGAAAAACGAGUCAGCAGAUUCGUUGAGGGAUUUUUAUUUUGAAAAGGCCUUCCGUUGCUGGAACAGGAGUCACUUCCCCUGCUCACUGACUGCUUCAUUCUCACUUUCAGUUGUAUAUAAACGCUGGAUUGCUGAUGCUAUGUAUUGGCCAUUGAGAGGCUUUCGAAGCCACCGGUCGGCCAUAUUGUCACAGUC